UGGCUCAGCCGCCCGACCGUAGCGGAGCCGGAAGUAGGGGAGGGGGCGUUGAUUGGUUGCGAGCGCUGCCCGUCCCUCGCUUCGCUUGGGAACUGGCCGAGUGAGGGGCCGCCAGCGGACCGGGCGCGGGUGAGCGAGUGAGACCAUCAGGACCAUCACAAUGAGUCUACGGAAGCAAACCCCUAGUGACUUCUUAAAACAAAUUAUAGGAAGGCCUGUUGUUGUAAAGUUAAAUUCUGGAGUUGAUUAUCGAGGUGUCCUGGCUUGCCUGGAUGGGUAUAUGAACAUAGCUCUGGAGCAGACAGAAGAAUAUGUAAAUGGUCAAUUAAAGAACAAAUAUGGGGAUGCAUUUAUCCGAGGAAAUAAUGUUCUGUAUAUAAGCACACAGAAGAGGAGGAUGUGAAGGUGCCUAAAGAGAGGUUUUGUACUGCUCCAUUUUUUCUGAAGGAUGAGAACUGUUUGAUUUGUAGUUGGUAAUUCUUGGUUGAACAAUACACUGUUUAAAUAUUUCUGUUAUUUGCUGUAAAGCUGGCGUUACUGCAGUGACUAUGGAGAGAAGAGGUUUUUUUUUAAGUCCAAAAUACCAGAACACAAUUGUAAACUUUUCUGAAAACUUCAGUUGUGAAAGUGCUUUGUUACACUGUGCAGAAUUAAAUAAAAAAUGGAAAAGUAUGUGA